CUCCCUCUCUCAGUCUUUAGGGAAGCCGCUCCCUUUGGCUCCUUCGCCUGAACUGGGCUGAUGCUGCGACAGGAGCGGACCACGCUGUGAACUAGGGAAAUACACGGAACUCCCCCCCCCCUUUUGGUCGGGGGCGCGCGUGUCCCUCCCGGGGCUGGAGCUGCGAUGACCACCCGCAGGUGGUUUCACCCAAACAUCAAUGGCAUUGAAGCGGAGAAGUUGCUGUUAACCCGAGGAGUCCAUGGGAGUUUUUUAGCCCGGCCUAGUAAAAGCAACCCGGGAGACUUCACCUUAUCCGUCAGGAGGAAUGACGAAGUCACCCACAUCAAAAUCCAGAACUCCGGGGACUACUACGACCUGUAUGGCGGGGAGAAGUUUGCCACGUUGGCGGAGCUGGUCCAGUAUUACACCGAACAGCAGGGUCUCCUGCGGGAAAAGAACAGCAACAUCAUUGAGCUGAAGUUUCCUCUCAACUGCCAAGAUCCCACCUCGGAGAGAUGGUACCACGGCCACCUGACAGGCAAGGAAGCAGAGAAGCUCCUCACCGAGAAGGGCAAGCCUGGGAGCUUCCUGGUGAGGGGCAGCCAGAGCAAGCCGGGAGAUUUUGUCUUGUCAGUGCUGACGAACGAGGACAAAGCUGAUACGGGGGACCGGAAGCCCCGGGUGACUCACAUCAUGAUCCGGUACCAGCUGGAUGGAAAAUAUGACGUUGGGGGUGGCGAGCGUUUUGACACCCUCACGGACUUAGUGGAGCACUACAAGAAAAACCCCAUGGUGGAGAAGUCCGGGGCAGUUGUACACCUGAAACAGCCUUUCAAUGCCACACGGAUCAUUGCCGCCAACAUCGAGAACCGGGUAAAGGAACUGAACAAAAUGGCAGACCACAGCGAGAAGGCCAAGCAAGGCUUCUGGGAGGAGUUUGAGAUGCUGCAGCAGCAAGAGUGCAAGUUCCUCUACCCCCGGAAAGAGGGUCAGCGUGUGGAGAACAAAGCGAAGAACCGCUACAAAAACAUCCUUCCCUUUGACACGACGCGAGUGGCUCUCCGAGACGUAGAUGAGAGUGUCCCGGGUUCCGAUUACAUCAAUGCCAAUUAUAUUAAGAAUGUUCUCGAAGACGGGAAGAGCUCUGAACACAGCAAAGUCUACAUCGCCACCCAGGGCUGCCUCCAAACCACAGUGAACGACUUCUGGGCGAUGGUCUACCAAGAGAACACUCAUGUCAUUGUCAUGACGACCAAAGAAGUGGAGCGAGGGAGGAAUAAAUGUUUCCGCUACUGGCCGGAUAAAAACUGUGCCAAGGAAUAUGGUCACAUCAGCGUGAGGAAUGUUGGCGAACGAGAAGCUCAAGGUUACCACAUCCGAGAGCUGGAGAUUUCACGGAUGGACAGGGAAGAGCGCCCCAGGCAGAUCAAGCACUUCCAGUAUUUCAGCUGGCCGGAUCACGGGGUCCCCAACGAGCCGGGGGGAGUCCUUGGCUUCCUGGAUCAAGUCAACAGGGCCCAGAGGAGCGUCCCGGACACUGGGCCCAUUGUAGUGCACUGCAGUGCCGGGAUAGGACGAACGGGCACCAUCAUAGUGAUAGACAUCUUGGUGGACACUAUUCACAGGCAAGGCUUGGACUGUGACAUCGAUAUCCCCAAGACCAUCCAGAUGGUACGGAGGCAGCGCUCUGGCAUGGUGCAAACAGAAGCGCAGUACAAGUUCGUCUACAUGGCUGUCCAGCAGUACAUUACCACAGAACAAAAGGAGCUGGAAGAGGAACAGAGAAAUACGAGGAAGGAGAGAGAGUACUUGAAUAUCCGAUACCCGCCGAUGGAGCAGCCCAGAAUGAAAGCUCGUCCCCCGUCACCAAGAGUCCAGACAGGUCUCGACGAAGAAUCUGCCUCCGUAUACGAGAACCUCAGCGUUAAAGCCACAAAGGUCUCAGGUUUAAGCAGCUCAGGGAGAUAGCAGCUUCGGAGAGGGACAUGUACUUGGUGGCUAUAAAACAGGGAUUGCCGAGAGUCGCAUCUGCACGUCCUCCACAACCUUUCAUCGCCACCUAUUGCUCGUUUCGCCACUCGAACCUUGGAUUCAGCACAGAAAACCAAAGAUUGACCCAGCAUGCCCCCUGUCAAGGGAGGAGCUGUCUAUGCUUUAGGAACAAAUCUUGGCCUAACUUAUUCAGGAGAGAGACAAACUUUCCCCCCGUUUAUCUGCAAGUGCCUCUGGAUGUCUGUAAUAGAGCCUACAAAUCUCCUUUUAACUUGUUUUUUUAUAGAUAUAUAGAUAUAUAUAUAAGCACAGUAAG